UGUUUUGCUCUUGUGGGUGCAUUCUGGAGUCUCAUAAAAAACUCCAUCGACAAAUAAUUGUGAUAAUAAGCACACUCUAUACAAAAAAAAAUGCCCCGCUUACCACCGCUUCCUCCAACACCCAAAUUCUCAAAGUACUUCCCCGCCCGUCUGCUCUCUCUCUCCCCCAACCCUGUCCUCAUUCGCAAAGCCCCCGGCCGAAUCCUUCUCGCCAACCCCUCCCUCGGAGAUGAUUUCGUUCGUGCGCUUGGUAUCAGGGAAGGGGAAAUUAUCGUGGAGGGGUAUGCGGGUAUGGGUGGAUUGACCAGAAGUCUUGUGACAGGCGGUGAUGCGGUGAGGGAAGGAAAGGAGUGGGAGGAGGAGAAGCGGUUGGAGAGUAUACGGCCAGGUGAGAAGGGGAAGGGGACGGAACUUCCAGCGUGGAUGGAGGAUCUUCCGGCGAUGAGCGGAUACAAAUCUCGUUCACCAGCGCCUCGUAUACCGAAACUCGUCGUGUCCACGGAAGGUUCUGUAGAACUUAUCCAAAGGGGGCUGGAUUACAACGAAAAUCCCCAUAAAGCGUCAUUGGAUGAUUACAGAGGUCAACAUUCAGAUUCGAGGAUAUCCAACUACAUUGCCAAAGAAACUCCCAUCAUUGCUUCGCCGCAUAAAGACAACUUGCUGCUGUCACACUCUACAGUUUAUGUCUGGCAGGCGAUUCCUUCAAUUCUUGAACACCCCACUGUGAAUGCGGCUUUACCAGUGUAUGACCCUUCUGCUGCGCCUGAAUCACAAAAGAAACGACCUUGGAGUGCACCGCCUCCGCCUAUAACUCUCGUGGCUCAAGUGCCGAAUAGUUCGCUGGGUGAGCAACUUGUGAGUCAGUGGAUUGGCAGUGCGGCGGGUGAAGAACACAAGAGAAGUUGGAUAUGGGAGUAUGGGAGGGUUAGGAUAGCUUUGCUUUGUGGUAAAUCGCUAUAUGAUAGGUUGACGGCGCGACCGGGUGACAAAAUUAACUGUAAACUAUCCAUCUUUGCCAGUGCCUUCUUUCACAUUACCCCUCUCCCACCUUAUCACCACGUCAACAACAUUGAUAAACACUCUAAGCAAGUGGCUGAAUCAGGCAAAGCACCCAAGCCACCCAAGGUUAAAAAGUCUACUGUGCCGGCCAAAGGCAUGCCUGAACCAGAACCGCUACCGGAGGAUAUCUUGCUGCCUCCUCUCGGAGCCAAGACGAAGACUGUCCACAGCGAUUUCUAUCCUGGUUCUUACGCUUCAGGCGGAUCUCUCGACCGGCCAUUAUUACUCGGUGUCCUCCUCACUCCUAGACUCCGAUCGCCCAUCCUUGCUGCGCAGAAGGAUACAUGGGAUUAUGCCAUUCGUCGUCUCUUCGUCAGAGAUACAAUGACUUUAGAAGACAGCAUCAAUAAUCUUGCAGUCGGUGCUGAGUCUUUAUUACCGGCCAUAGAGGCAGAGGAAGGAAGGGGAGUACCUGUGAAUAGGAAGAGGGUGAUUAGGUACCUUGAUGUGGAGGAGUGGGCGAGGGUGGUGGAUGUGUUUGAUAAUUGGGCCUUUAGGCCAGAUAACCUCAUCUUAGAUACAAUGAUGGGCGAGGACGCUAUUCGCUCUAUCGGAAACGACUAGACGAUGUAUUCAAAGCAUUAGAGGAUAGACAACCACACUCACAUUCGGCAUCAUGAUAUAUUAUUACAUGGACAAUUCCGGCAUUAUUAGGAUUUAUGCACCCCUCUGUUGUGACCUGAAUUUACCUAAGCAUCGUGUCCUUACCGGCUUAUGUCGACCGAGGAAUGCCGUGGCGAUGGUGAUUCGUGAUGGAUGAUGGGCUGAUGGUACCUUUACGCCCGGCGAGGUACUAACGACAACAAGAAACCACGACAAAACAGAAAACAGGCUAUGGAUUUCCCGAGCGCACAUCAAAGAUCACCACGUUCCAAUCUGAACUGCCCACCGGCGAUCUCCCCGUACUGCACCAGGCAACAGGCGAAGCGCCCCCUUACCAUCACGUGCCACUGCUCAAGACCCAAGAAGGGCGAAGCGCCGGGAGAGAGACAUGAUCCGGCAGUAAGGGCAAGGGACAUGGGUUAAUGGGUGAGUCUGUGCAGACUCCGAUCAGCGCCUCGUGCCCGCGGUCGCUUUUUUCCCAGAAAUCCCAAAACAAGGAACAAUACUCUAUGCUCUAAAGUCGGAACACGUUCCCCAGCCUACAACCCAUCCUUAGCUCCUCAUGUCAUAGGCGAGGUAUCGCCAGUUAUUAUAACGCUUUGUUGUCCCAUCGAGAGCGUUUAGCGAAUGGCCCAUUGUUCGAAACGCGAGGAGGGACGGCGGCCAAGGAGAAAGUGGCGGUGAGAGGCGGCAAAGGGGCGUGCGGACAUGCACAAUGGCUUGGGUAAGCUGACGCCUGUACGAGCCUGCAACGACUGAUGCGUGAUGUUUUGGAUGAUGC